GAUUUUUUUUUAAAUGUUUGUUAAUUUUUUGAAGUGUACAAGUGUGAAAACCAUAAAUUGCUUUGGCUGGAAUAGUUGGUAAAAUGCGUGAUCAUCCAGCGGUGCCCAAUGUAUUUCGUGUGGCCUCAUCGCACAGCAUUAAUAGCCUGGGCGUAACGGCAACGCCUCGCAGCAAUAACCAACAGCGACUUCAUGGCAGUAGCAACAUCAAUUACAGCAAGAGCAACAGCUUCGAGCAACAGCAAAAUCAGCAACAACAUCAGCAGCAACAUCAGCAGCAGCAGCAGCAUCAACCAUCACAGGCGGAAUUGCAAAAGGAACAGCCAUUGGCAAAGCAUCAGUUAACUACCAGUGCGUCCAUUGAGCAUCCACAUCAAUCCGUGCAGCCACAGCAAUCGCCAUAUGCAACAUUGCCACGUGGCAGCAGCAACGGUCAACGACGUGCACAGCAACAACACUCAGAGCAGCAGCAAUCACAGAAACUGCAAACAGGCGUCAUCAACACAAUAUCUGGUAGCAUUCUAUCAACUGGCUAUAGCUCACUCGCAGAUAGUUUAAGCGACUUGCAAUUUAACAAUGUGCACAACAACAGCAACAGCAACAGCCACAGCAAUAAUAACGAUCAACGACAGCAACAACUGCAACAACGACAACAACAACAGCAACAACAGCGACAGGUGGUAUCGUUGGGCUUAUACAAAGCUGCCGAGCAACAACAGCAGCGGAUACCAACAACAACAACAACAACAACUAGCAAUGGUGUCCUGAAUGGUCAAAGCGGAUUCAAUAACAUGGCCAACGUUGGCGGCGGUUACCUGUGGCUGUUGACACCUGUCGCGGCUAGCAUUUCGGUGGCAAUUGUUAUCGCCGCUUUGGCGGGCCCCCAGUGGCUUUUUACGGAGGAGAAAGUGCCCAAUAUCAAUUACAAUGGCACAGCCAACUUCAAGGCACAGGACGAUGGUGCAUAUAUAACCAAAUAUACCAAAUCCAGUCUCUGGAUAUUGUGCACAACGCUGCCAGGCCUGGAUGUGGACACAUUCAAUUGCAUUAAAAUUGAUUACUUCCCAGAGGAAGGCUAUCAACCGGAUCCGCAAGACUCAACGCCAGCCAUACCAUAUACGGUGACUAAGUCUUCCCCCAUCUUCUUGGCCUCCGGCAUCUUUCUGCUCAUCAGUUUCAUUGUCUUUCUGAUACCUACGUGCUCCCAUCAAAAUAAUGUCUACUACUUUAGUGCCGGAAUACUCUUCAUCGUCAGCGGUCUUAUCAUGCUAAUCGGACUGAUUGCCUAUAUAUCCAUAUUAAAGGCUGAGAUUGGCUCCAAGCUGCGACCGCGUUCCACAUUGCAGCCGCCACUCAUCAAGGUUACCUAUGGACAGAGUUUCUUUCUAUUUGUCUUUGGGUUCAUUGCCACCGAGUUUGUUGGAGUCCUCAACAUCUUUCUCUACAUUAAUCUGCAAGAGCUCAGUUAUUACAGCCGACUGCCAUGCUUCAGUGUGGUCAACAUGCAGACCAAGAUCAAGGAGGGCCAGCAUGAGCAUGCGCUUCACAGUCAUUCCUACAAACGGUAUAAACAGUCUCAGGGGACGCCGGCAGCAGGAUCUCAGGAGGCGGUGGCAUUUUCUAUGCCGUUGCAUGGACAACAGCUGGGAAAACACCUACAACGACAUGGCCAGCAGCAGAUGCGUCAAAUGGCGCUUCGGUCAAGCAAUGGACGACUGCAUCAGGUGCAUGAUGCGGGACGUGGACCCACUCAGACGCAGACGCUGCCUGGCGGCUACGCGUGCCGCAAGCAUCCCAAUGCCAACAGUUUCGGCUCCAAUUCGAAUCUCUAUUUGCAAAACGAUGUGGAUCGUCGCUUCUACUUUGAGAAGCCAGCGGCUUCCAACUGUAAUCUGCACUCGCGCAGCUUUGCAAAGUCACUAAAUCAGCUGUGUGUUGAGCCAGCUGUGUUGGCCCCGGACACGUCACCGGCUGACCAACGACCACUACCCCCAGCAGCCAUGUUUGCCGAUCUGCCCCAGGAGUUUCCGCUGACGCGCUCGGUCUCGACCACGACGGACAUUUACACGUCGGCGGCAUCACCCAAGACGCAUAUGCAGCACAAACAUCGACGCAACAUGGCCACCAACACCCAGACGCAAAAGCUGCGGGAUAACUACGAGGAGCAAGCGGCUCGCCUAUGUGGUCUGAAGCGUGGCCUGCGCAAGACCAAAGACGAACUCUUUCAGGAGUUUUGCAAGCGUGCCGGCAUACGCAAUAAACCCAAGAACAUCUACUACAUCUCCAGCGAGGAAGCAGACGAUGUGCCUCAGUCACAGCUGCCACAAACGUCGAAGAGACGCCGAAGCCAAAAUGGUUACCACAAAAAUGAUGACGAUGAUGCUGAUGGCGAUGAGCAUGGAUUUCAAGAAUUUCGCUCGGGUCCUUCAUUGGACGAUGAUCAUCUCUUCGUCGUGACUGAUCACGCUCAGCUUGUGCAUCCUCAUGGCAUGGCCGCAUCCAUGUAUAUGGAUCCGAUGUUGCCAACGUUACGCAAACUCAACUCGAAUCUUUCGUUGCACACGCAAGCGUCGAAUAUGUGGGCAUGGCCGGAACAACGCCUGACGUCGGAGCACAACCAGAGCCGGACGUUGCCACGAUCGUUCAUGCGUCAACCAGCGGGCAGUCAGGAUAGCCUGGGCUCACAGCUAAGCAGCUACAGUCCUGGCCAUCAGCGCAUUUCGCAGCUGAUGCAGCACCAGCACCAGCAGCAACAGCACCAGCUGCAUCCACAGAAUCGCUAUCUGUCCACGCUGACGCUGCUUCAUGGCGAGGAGGCACAGAUCAAGGCUCAGCCACAGCCACAGGCUGUGCAGUGGCCAACGGCGAUACCAUCCUCGCCAUCCAAUUACGUCAAUGGCUAUCCACAUCCGCAGCCGCUCUACACGCCUGCCAUUGCCGUGCCAGUCUCGAGCAGCAGCAACACAUCUCAUCCGGCCAAGUUUCAGCGCGCGUAUGCCUUCGACGAUGCCCAUCGUCGUGGUAGCCUAGCUAUCGGAGAAGCCUUCGAUCUGGACGAGAUGGAGCGCGAUCGCCGACGCUCUCAUGCAAGCCUUUUUGGUGGCACUGGCGUAGCCCAGAAGCGGGAACAAUACGAUCUCAUUAAUGGUACUGCAGUUUAAGGCCACAUUUCGAUUAUAAAUGAUGGUCAACAGAGAACGUCAAGAUUAGGAUAUUAUCUUUGGUGUAGUUCGAAUCAUCGAUUCGUCGCUGUGGCUAUAUAUUAUGGCUCUUCCAGUUAUCAAUAUCGAUAAUAUGAAUUUGCGUAUGAGCAAAACCGAAUUUAAAUCAUAAAGUCUAGUUGACCAAAGCCAAGAAAUGCAUUUCGAAUAAUUUGCAUAAAAUAAUUAAUGUUUGUAA